CAAGAUGGGAGAGAUCUGCGGAGUGUGUACACAGAACGAGUCCAAGUACAAGUGUCCAUCUUGUCAAUUGCGAUAACACACGCCAACGACCCGCCGAAAGAGCAACCCACUCAACCGCCCCAAACAACCCAGUCCGCGCCUUCCGAUCCAUCUCAACUGCCUGCCACAAGAGCCGCGCUACCAGGAAGUAGCAAGAAAAUCGACUUUGUCGGCUUCGAAUCCGAUCCAGAACUUCUGCGUUUGCUUUCCAGAUACCCAAACCUGCGCAUCCAAUUACAAAGUGUCUAUGGCUUGACACUGGAACCUCCACCACAGGAACAACGUUCGUUUCCUUCCAGGGGCCGGGGUAGGGGCAGAGGAAGAGGCGGAUUCCAUCACCAAUCACACUGGUCACAAGCAAAGGGCGACAAGGAAGCCACUGAGUCUUUCAGAAACAUGAGAAAUGCUGAGGGCGGUGACCAAGCUCUGGCUGAAUUUGUCCAGUUGCUCAAGAUGAGAUUUGCCCCUAAUGCUGAUGACAAUGCGCCU